GUACUUCUAUAAAAUGUAAGAAUAACAUCGCUUGUAAGUGAGGGAGCUUUAGUAGUUUUAUCCCAAGCAGGAAGUCUUCCAAGACUCUAGUCUUACUCAUGGCAAAUUAUGGUUACUCUUACAGAAGCCAAAAACCCUAUGAUGGAUUCGAUCCAUGGAAAGCUGAAAGGAGCUACUACAACUCCGAGCAGCUGUGCUAUCCACCCCUUGAGGAAUGUGAGGAAAGAAUGAUUGCUGUCGACCCUUAUCAAAACCCGGGUACCUAUGUCAUGAAAGUCAAAACAACUGUUGAACGCGUCCAUCCACCCAUGUUCUCUGAAUUCUACGGACAAUGCUCCCCCCCGUGGUACGAGCACCGCCCGAGCCGUGUAGUAGUCAACAACAAGCUGCACGGGCCUUCGAUCCCAAGCAAUGACUGGCCACCUCUGGUCGAGGAAUUCUUCAACGAGAUCCAGAAUGAAGUGAGCCAACCAUCUGGGUUCGGUGCUCCACGGGGCCCAUGCACGCUCAGGAUCCCUAUCUCUGCAGGUUCCUGUGGCACUACCGGCAAUGCUGGGGAUAGUGACCUUAAAGAUGAGAGAAUUCAGAGGCCACCCGUGACAACAGAAGGUGGUUAUGGCCCUAGGCUUGGUCAUCCAGCAGGCUCCGUGCUCCCAAGUCACCAUAUCUCAUCUGAGAGACAGCGAAUCGUCCAACCGUCGUCUAUGACCAUGACCGGACAUCGGGAGAGGCGUGGUCCUAAUCUGGAGUUCAGCAAACCAGAAGAUGACGUAGGCAUGGCCAAGGAGUACUUGAAGACAGUUGCGGAUCCAUCCUGUGUCAAUACUAUCGAGGACGAAGCUCCGGAUCGCAGUCACUUUAGAGGUGAUAAAAUACCGAAGCCACGGGUGGCCACAAAUGGUGGUCCUGCCGCUAGGCCUGGCAAUCCAACAGCGUCCAUGCUGCCGAAUCAUGAUAUCUCAUCCAAGAGAGGAGAGAGGACCAGUCAACCGCCAUCUAUGACCACGACAGGAGGUUGGGAGAGGCGAGGUCCUGAUACGGGGCUCCAACCGAUGAAUGAAACGGGCAAGACAAUGGAGUACUCAAAGGAAGCUGUGAAGCCUCCGUCAGUCAGUACAGUUCCCAAAAGAGAAUCGAUCCCCAAAACAAUCGACAGCAAGGAAGCCGAAAGGCGAUAUGGGAAUGCCAACCCCUCACCAGAGCCGUAUGCAACAGGUUACACCAGCACUAUUGACAGUCGGGAGGCUGCGAGGAAGUACAAUGGACAGUUUGUGUGAAAGCAAGAUGCGAUCCCCUUUAGCAAGUAGCAUAUGCGUGCACUUGAUAAUGUGCUUGGUCUUUAUGUACUCUAUUGCAAUAAGCAUUCGGAAGCACAGCCCAGACAAGGGGCUUGCAUAACUCUAGUUUGUCGGCUGAAUAUGUCAAACAGUGAUAGCCGAGGCUGUUUAAGUGUUACCUUCUGGCCAUUUCGUUGUUUCAUAAGUAAAACACUAGUUUACGCGUGCC